UUCCGCCUCCGACCCCAACAAUAUUGUUAUCGCUCCUGUCCAUCCUGGAAGGAAGACGUCUUUCCUACCCUUCGUGCGUUCCACUAAGACGAUUCUCUCACGAGCCGCUCCCUCGCGCACUUCCGCCGCCGGUCCGCGAUCCCUCGUGGAACAUCCCUCGCUCCUUCAUGAAUCGCGACCGGUCACGACGACGUGUCGCAACGCGAUCGCAUCACACACACGCGACGGAUCUCUCUCUCUCUUUCUCUCUCUUUCUCGCGUAAAGAUGAUUGUUUGAGAAUUCCUCAGUUUUUCUUUGUUUUUUUUUUUUCACAGAAUAAGCGAACACUCUUGGGAUAGGUCAGGUCUCUGAUCGCGAGAUGAGACUUCGCGGACGUCGCGGAGAGAUCGCGCGGAACCGUCGUUUUCUUCUCGUCGCCGCGCGCGCGAAUUUUCCUGCCGCCGCCGCGUGCCGUUCUCUCCGCGAGAAACACGACACUCGCUCCCGUUUGCCUUGCUCGGUCACGCUCUUUUCGUUACACCGCCUCGUCGUCGUCGUCGUCGUCGUCGUGCGCGCCUCUUUUUCUCCCCUCGUGCUCGGGAGUGCGAUGUAGCGUGAAGCGCUCGAUUUCGUUCGGCGACCACGCGGCUCUCUCAGAAGCCGAACACGCUCUCUCGCUCGAUAAUCUCGGAAGCUCGUUCCUCGCUCUUACUUCUGCGACGAUUUACUGCGCACGAAGCUGGAAUUUCUUGUUGCCUCUACUCGGCUUCCUCGCCGUUCUCGUUCGCUCUUUUAUCGUCUCUCUCGAAUUUAUUUGUUCUUCGAUUGAUUUAAUUACGCGCGCGUUGCUUCUUGCGCGCAAUUUCGGUCACGUUUUUCCGUCCGGAUUUUUUUUUUCUAUCGAAAAACGAAUCAGCAGCUCGUUGCCGCAGAUACAAGUCGAAUGAAGAACGCUCUUCUUCUUUCUCUCGUCGGAUCCUUUUUCCUCGAUCGGAAGAAAAGGUCCAUCAACCGCAUCGAAUGCGCAUUCCAGUCACGAGACACCCUUCGGAUCGGCGUUUUGCCUCUGUUCUCACGAGUCUCUCUCUUUCUCUCUCGACGCGUUUCUUUCAUUAACUCGAACUUGUCUCGUCUCACAAAGAAACGUCGGAUUCAAUGGACGAGAAAGAGAAUUUCUUGCCGUCGGACACGUUAUUUUUUGAACAAAUUCGCGCGAAUUUCGCGAAAACUAUUAUCACGGGGCGAUUCUUCUUCGUGUCGCCCCGUGCAACAAGGCGGCUUUUAAGCGCCUGUGUAUAAUUAUAUAUCGCGACGAGAAACUCUCUCUCGUUGUGUGUAUCUUCUCUUCUCUUCCUCACGCGGCACAGAAAUACCCGGCGCCCCGCGCCGACCGGAAGCGCAUUUCCAAAAACCCGCCUGAAGGCCGUCGGCGCAAAACAGGUUCUGGAGGACCCGCCACGAACGAAAUCACCGAGACGAAAUCGGGCCUAAACCGGACCGCGAUUUAAAUCGCCGUGGCGACUCACACUCGCAGGCGACUCCGACGCACAGGAAACGCAAUUUCGUUCGGGUGAAAAAAAAAAAACAAAAAACACUCUCGGUGACAAUUCAGAAGAGUCGUCCCCUCUCCGCGCGUUCACAAGUUCUCUUCCCUCCAAAUAGACUCCGAGAUUCAGUCGAGCCAGCACUUUUAAAUUCGAAACCACCUCUCGCGAUCGAUUCGCAAUUUAAAUCCUCGGAAUGAUCGAUCGAUGCGUUUCAGACACCGAUCAAGCGUCUCACUGACAACGUCGACGGCAACGUGGAGCGCAACAAAGAGGAUUUUUGAAUUGCAUCACGUUCACUCGCGAGGCGAGUAUCCGCGUAAUCGGAAAACGAGAAACGAACGGGGGGCCACCAAGUCGAGAAACCACCAACGAUCGAAACGCACGCGCGUUUAUUCACUCCCACGUUCACGGGCGUGGAUGCACGUCGCGUGGGUUAUCAUCUCUCGAGUGAUUCGCGUCGCGCCGCAUCUCGUGUGUGUUGCAGCACGCGCGUGUUGCUCACACGUCCUUCGCGUGCGCCGCCGAUCCCAGUCGGUGCGCCUGGAUCGCGGCUUUUCCCGACGAAGGUCGUUUGCGCACAGGCGAAGAAUUGGAAUUUCGGAAUCUCACUCGCGGAUAUCAAUCGACGUUCGGAGAUAGGGACGCGAACGGAUUCCCUAAUUUUUUUCCAGAUCUUCGACGAGAAAUGCUCCGCGGCGAGCGAGCGCGAUCGCGGUCUCUUGUAUCGCCAGAUCGACUGGUCGAGGUGGAAUCGGCCGAGGACUGCAGCAGGGACGCAGAAGGACGGAGCGGGAGGACGGACGUCGGUGUUUAACACACAAGCGCACGGAGCGCAGGACGAAGAGAGAAAGAUUGCGUUGCUGCACUGGGCGGUAUGCAGGCCGGCAUAACGCUCGGCUGGACGUCGCCGAUCUUGCCUUACCUCACGUCGGAAGACUCUUUCCUACCCGAAAAACCGUCCGAUACUCAGAUCUCGUGGAUCUCGUCUCUGUUGGCGCUCGGCGCCAUUGUGGGAGCCUUGCCGGCCGGCAAGAUCGCCGAUCUAAUCGGUCGCAAGUGGACCAUACUCUUGACGGCCGUACCGUUCACCACGUGCUGGCUCAUCCUGCUCACGACCGAGAACGUUUUCGGUCUGUACGUCGCCCGGUUCGUCGGCGGGAUCGGCGCCGGAGCGGCGUGCGUCCUCGUGCCGGUCUACAUCGGCGAGAUCGCUCAGACGUCGAUUCGCGGCGCUCUGGGCGCCUUCUUCCCGCUGCUCUUCUCCUCGGGAAUCGUGUUCUCCUACGUGAUCGGCGCGUACUGUUCCUACGUUGUCUUCAACUUCGCCUGUUGGAUCAUUCUGCUGCCUUUCGUUCUGGGUGUGUUUUUCAUUCCGGAGUCGCCGAUGUGGCUGCUGCAACGCGACCGCAAAAUCCAGGCCGCCAAGGUCCUGACAAUUCUGCGGGGCGAGCACUACGACAUCGCGGAGGAGAUAACCGUUCUUCAGGACGACGUCGACAGAAUGGCGAGCGCGACCGGCGGCUUCAAAGAUCUCCUGGGGACCAAGGCCGGACGCAAAGCGGCCGUCACUUGCAUUGGUCUCAUGAGUUUUCAGCAACUGUGCGGCGUGGACGCGGUUCUCUUCUACACGGUCGACAUCUUCGAAGCGGCCAGCAGCUCGAUCGAUCCUUUCCUGGCGACCAUCAUUAUCGGUAUCACCGAAGUUGUGAUGACGAUAUUCGUCGCCGCCGUGAUCGAUAGAUUCGGUCGGAAGCCGCUUCUGAUAAUAUCCGGCACAAUGAUGACCGUUUGUCUGGGCGUUCUCGGCUACUAUCUGAAGGCCCAGGAGAAGGGAACCGACGUGAGCGACUUCGGUUGGCUGCCGCUUACGAGUCUCGCCUUCUUCAACAUCGUCUUCUCGAUCGGUUACGGAUCCGUGCCGUUCACGGUGAUAAGCGAGAUCUUCCCGCCCGAGACCAAGGGCGUCGCGAGCAGUAUGUCGAUUGUGGCGCACUGGAGCUUGGUGUUCGCCGUCACCAAGCUCUUCCCGACAAUGGAAAAGCAUAUGGGCCAGGCGGCUACUUUCUGGACAUUCGCGUGCUUCACCGCAGCGUCCGCGGUAUUCGCGUACUUUAUCGUACCCGAGACGAAAGGAAAGACGUUGCAGGAGAUACAGAAGAAGCUCGAGAGAAAACACAAGACGAGAACGGAGUACUCGGUCGAACCGGCCUGAAAAUCUUGACGGAAAAGUCGUUUACUAUGGCCGAUCGUGCUUUUGUCGUGUAACUCCGACAAGAACAUCAAGAAAUGAAAAUUCAAGGACGGCGGCUCGAUGAGGAAACGUUCGACGCAGUUCAUUGUUUGUAUAUUUUUAUUUCGAUCGCGCGUAAAGAACAUGUAAUUUAUAUUUUCUGCCACGUUUUUUUUUUUUUUAUGGGGUUUGAAAUGAUACGUCGCACACGAAACUAAAUUAAACGUUUGUGAUAAAAUAUAAACGCAAGAAACUUGUUGUCGCUAUUAUUCUUGUUUUUAAUAUAUAUUUCUUGUUUUAAUUAACUGUGAUAUAUUAUCACAUUUAAUUAACUGUGAUAUAUUAUUCAUAUAUCACAGUUAAAAUUAAAAAUUAUAUAAUAUGGCCAAAUUACAUAUGUCGUCGCGAGAGAGAGAGAGACAUGUCUGACUUACAUUUCAAACACUCAAUUUUGAUAAUUUCCAUCAUUGCGCGUUUUCCUCAUCUACGACAAUGAAAACGCAAAAAUCAGCGCGAUAUGUAUUUAUUAUAUUUGUAAAUAUAUAUUUUUUUAGUUA